CGAAGUCAAAGGCCGUUCGAAAACCGCUCGAAUGGGUUGGCGGAGAGGAUUAAACAGAAACAAAAUAUUAUCGUUUGAUGACAUACGUCCACCGAAGCAAGCCUAACGUCGUGCAUAUGGACUUUUUAAUGUUCCUAGUUUGCGGUGCAGGUGAAAAGGCUACGCUGUAGACGACUUUUCGUGGAUAUUUUAUUCUUUUUUCUUUUGGACGUCUGUUUGUUGGUCUGUACGGUCGCAACAAGCUAGCGCUAGCCUCGACUCCUCGGAGCUGCUGUUGAGCUGCCAUGGUCGUCGCGACUUUAUGCGGAUGUGUCCGGGCCAGUCUUUACUGAAACCGACGUCAACAAAUGGGACCAUCCAGUAUCGGCCGAAAACACCGCGGCGUAGACUAACCGUUUCAGUUUAAUUUAAUUAUUUGUGGAAAUCAACAGAGGAUUCUGCAGCGGGUGUUUUCUAGUUGGAUUUUAGCGCACAUUCUCCUCCCACAGCCAUGGAAUCGACGGUUGAUGACGAUGCAAUGGCAGCGUGAAUGAAGCUUGGCGUGGGGAGAGCUGAACGAUGCCCAAAGGUGGGGGUUCUAAAACCCCCCAGCUGGACCACUUCCCACUCAACACCGACAUGGUGGAAAAGCAGGGUGGGAAGAAGGAUAAAGUGUUGUCAAACAAGACACCCAAAUUGGAUCGCAGUGAUGGCGUCAAAGAGAUGAAAGAAAAGGCCCCUAAAAGGAAGCUGCCCUUUACUACUGGAGCUAAUGGAGACCAGAAAGAUUCUGACUCAGAGAAACCAGGUCCAGAACGGAAGCGCAUUAAAAAGGAGCCCACCAACACUCGGAAGGCGGGCUUGCCGUUUGGGAUGGGGAUGCCAGGGAUCCGGGCCGGGUACCCCCUCUCUGAACGGCAGCAGGUGGCCUUGCUCAUGCAAAUGACAGCUGAGGAGUCCGUCAACAGUCCAGAUACAACACCAAAGCAUCAGUCACAGUCCAGUAUGGGUCAGAAGGGAACACCAAACUCUGCAUCUAAAACCAAAGACAAAGUAAAUAAACGAAAUGAGAGAGGAGAGACUCGGCUGCACAGAGCAGCGAUCCGUGGAGAGGUACGCCGCAUCAAGGAGCUCAUCAGCGAGGGAGCUGAUGUGAAUGUAAAAGACUUUGCAGGCUGGACUGCAUUGCAUGAAGCGUGCAAUAGGGGCUAUUAUGAUGUGGCCAAGCAGCUGCUGGCAGCCGGGGCAGAGGUCAACACCAAGGGUCUGGAUGAUGACACCCCUUUACACGAUGCAUCCAAUAAUGGACAUUUCAAGGUGGUUAAGCUGCUGUUGCGGUAUGGAGGGGACCCAUGUCAAAGCAACAGGAGAGGUGAAACACCACUGAAGGUUGCCAACUCUCCAACGAUGUUAAAUCUGUUGCUGGGGAAAGGCACUUACACUUCAAGUGAAGAAAGUUCAUCAGAAUCUUCAGAGGAAGAAGAUGCCCCCUCAUUUGCACCGUCCAGCUCUGUCGAUGGCAAUAACACAGACUCAGAGUUUGAGAAAGGCCUGAAAUUGAAAGGGAAACCCAUAGAGCCUCCUAAAUCUGCUGUCACACCAGUCAAAGAUGAAUACGAAUUUGACGAGGACGAUGAGGAGGAACGUGUCCCCCCUGUGGACGAUAAACACCUUUUGAAAAAGGAUUUCCGUAAGGACCAGAUCGCCAAGGCAGCCAACAGCGCCAACAGCUUCAUCUCCAUACCCAAGAUGGAGGUCAAAACUUAUUCCAAAAGCAACUCGCUCACACCAAAGAAAACUGUCAGGCGGAUCAUCUCUGACAGUAACAGUUCAGAUGAGGAUGACAGGACAUUGUGUUUCACGCCAGCACCAACACCACGGCAACAAGCCCAGCAAACAAAUACCAAGGCUAGAGACUCUGGCAGCAUGAGCUCUAAACAACAGAAAGACAAGAAUAAAGUCAAGAAGAAGCGGAAGAAGGAGAGCAAAAAUAACGCCAGUAAAGAAGUCCGGUUUGGUAAAAUCAACGACAAAUUUUGUACAUCUGAUUCUGAUUGUGGGGAUAUGGAGAGUGAGGACGACAAGGGCUCAAAUAGUAUGAAGGACUCUUCUGCAGCGAGCCUGAAAGAAUCCUCCGGCUUUAACGCAUCCUCCUCCUCUUCCCAUGGUAACUUGAACUCUCAGAAACAAGCUCAGUCAUUAGCAGAACAGCAUCCAAAGCAGUGGAGGACAGAUGGAUGGAAGACGGUGUCAUCUCCUACAUGGUCAGAUGUCAGUUCUCUCUCAGAUUCAGUCAGAACAAGACUCUCCAGUGAGUCUGACUACUCCUCCGCUGAUUCCAGUGUAGAGUCAAUAAAACAAGUUAAGAGGAAAGCACAGGAGAGCAAAAAGAAGAACAACAAUGUGCACAGUAACGCUGUAGACAAGAAAAAUUCUGAGCUCUUCAAAAACUCCAGUGUGGACAGUGCCGUGUCCAAAACUGAUGUCGACGGCAAAGUGCUGAAGAAGCACAAAGUGAAGCAUAAGCACAAAAAUAAAGAAAAGGACAAGACUCCGAGUCUAGUGCUUAAUCAGGACAUGAAUGAGAAAUUUGUCAAAAGUUAUUCCUUUGAUUUUGAUGACUCAAGACAGAAGUCCCUGAUCGUUGAGUCCGAAUCACCGGCUGAGAGCAAAGUCAAGUUGUCCAAACACGAUAAAGACCAUUCAAAAAAGGAGGACAGGAUAUUGAAGAGUAAGUCAGAAGAGAAGGAUUGGUCAUCUGGUAAAGAUCAGCAUCGAACAACAAAGGAGGAGAAAAAUAAGAAAACAAAGGACUCCACUAAGGAUAAAACAAGCAAGGAGGAGAGGGAGAAGCCUGCAAAAUCUGAAAAGGAAAGAAAUCUUAAAGAGAAAGAGAAGCCCAAGGAGGAUAAACAAAAAGCUCACAAAGAGGAGAAGAAGAAAAAGUCCAAAGAGAAGUCAUCCUCGAAGGCAGACAGGAAAAGUGAGCAGAAAGAGGAAAAACAUCUUAAGGUAGACAAAGAGAAAAACACCAAGGAGGAGAAAGAAAAAAGUAAAAAAGACAAGGCACAGAAAGACGACGCUGACUAUGAAAGUUAUGACGUCAACAACCGUUUCCUCAAUCUGGAGGACACGAAGCUCAGUGCCUCGGAUGACCACCAUGACAGAUGGGGCUCUGAGAUGUCGUCUGACUCCUCCCUCUAUGAAGAUAGUUGGGACGCUCCCAUUAAAGAGUACAAGGAAUACAAAGCCAACAACUCCGUUAAACUGAUUGUUGAGACUGUUAAAGAAGAGACACGCAGAAAAGAGAACAAAGUCAAGGACAAGAAGUCGGAUCACAGUGAGAAAAGAUCAGAGAAAGAGGCCACUUCAAGAAAGAAAGACAAAGACUCCUCAGAAAAGACAAAUGAAAAGAAAAAAGACUGGUCAGAAAAACAAAAACUAAACUCAAGUCACUCAGUUGAAAAAGAAAAGAAGCGGAAGGAGUCCACUGACGGAGUCAAAGACAAAAAAGACAAGGAUUCUCUGGACAGCAGUCGAGACCGCAAAGACUCGCAUGAGUCCUUAAAAGAAAGAAAGGACAUCAAAAUCAAGCAGGAAUCUACAAGAGACGAGUAUGGCAAUGAUGCUUUCUUCAAAGACAUUGAUGCCAGCAAGUCCUGUGAUAUCAGAGAAAGAAACCACUCUGGAAAGGAGAAAGAAAAGAAAGGCGAGGGAACAGAAAAGAGGGAAAAGAUAAAAGCAGACAAGCACAAAGACAAAACAAGAGACAGAGGAGUUGAUCAGGAGAAGGAGAAGAGUGAGAAAAGCUCCACAGAAAAACUUGCUAAGGAAAAGGACACAGACCGGGCUACCAAAGACAAGAAGGAGGGAGCCAAAGACAAACAUAAAGAGUCUCAUGGCAAAGAAAAAGAUCGAAAGAUGUCUUCGGAACUGACCAAGGAUAAGAAAGAAAAGUGCUCCCAGGACAAACAUGCAGACAGGGAGAAAGAUUUCUUGGAGAUAAAGAAAGAGGAGAGAAAACCCGAGAAAAUCCGGGAGAAAACAUGGUACAAGAUAGCUGACAUAUUCACUGAUGAAAGUGAUGACGAUGAUGACAGCUACAAUAGUGGUGUCCUCGUGUCUGACUCCGUCCGAAAAGACUCAACACCUGAUCAGGAUGAGCUGGAUCACUUCCCCUCUGAAAAAAGUAGAAAAUCUUCCUUGGAGACAAAACAUAACACAGAAAAGGCAAAAGACAAAGAACACAAAGAAAAGAAGAAAGAAAAGGCCACAUUUGACACAGGUAAAGAGAGGAAAGGCUCCCUCGAGAAACACAAUAAAGACAAGAAGGACUGUGUAGAUGCAAAACAUAAGGAAAGAAAAGACAGGAUGUCAGUGGACUCAAACCAAGACAAGAAAAACAAGCAGAAGCUGCUGGACAAAAGGGACACCAGUGAGGAAAAGACAAAAAGUAAAUAUAAAGACAAGCUGGACCAUUCUAAAGAAAGAAAACCUUCAAAAGGCAGUGGUGAGAAUGAAAAGUCCCUUUUGGAAAAAUUAGAAGAGGAAGCUAUGAAUGACUACAAGGACGACUCCAAUGACAAGAACAGUGAAAUCUCUUCAGAUAGUUUCACCGACAGAGGUCACGAGCCAGUCCUCACUAGUAGUUACUAUGAAUCCAUCAGUCUGGCUGAUGUGUCCGAGGACAGGAGAGACUCUUUGUCCAUAUCUACGCCCCAGGACAAGUUCCGAGAGAAGGAAAGGCAUCGGCAUUCAUCUUCAUCUUCGUCUAAGAAAAGCCAUGACAAGGAUAAAGAAAAGGUCAAGAAAGAAAAGGGAGAUAAACGUGACAAGACAGAGGAGAUCAGAGAGUCCUACAGCCGCAGAGAAAGCCUACCUUUUGAGAAAGAGCCCAUGCCCCUUGAAGCUGACCCUUACACAUUUCCAUAUGGAGGUAAGGGAGAUGGAGAAGAUGACUUUGAGAAAACACUGGAAUUUGAAAAAGAAAUGUCCAAGAAGGACAAAGACAAAGGAUCUGGUGUCAUCAGUGACAGAAUGAAGGACAAAAAGAAAAAGGAGAAACAUAAGGAAAAAAUUAAGGAGGAGAAGAAUAAGUACCUUGAUGGUUUUGGGUCAUUUAAACACUCCAAAGAGGAUGUCAAAUCAGGAUUGAAAGACAGCCCUCAGAUCACCGUUCUGAAAGACAGGUCAAAAGAAGACAGUCCUAAAUUUGAAAUGAAGAAAGAGAGAAAUCGGGACACAUUGGACAAAGAUAACCGAAUGGAUCAAAUUAAAUCUAAGACCAAGGAUGAAAAUGAAAAGCUCUCUCAGUCCAAAGACACAGGUCGGAAAGAUAAUCGUCCACGUGAAAAACUGCUAGUGGAUGAUGAUUAUCAAAUGACAAGUUUUGGCCAGAUGUUGAGUCUAAAGGACCAGGAGAUUGAAGAGAAACACAAGAGACACAAAGAAAGGAUGAAGCAGAUGGAGAAACUGAGACCCAAGUCAGGGGACCCAAAACUUAAAGACAAAACCAAGUCCACAGAGGAAGUCAGAAAAAACCGCAGUGAGCUAUCUUCAAAGAAAUCCAACAGUCUUGAAUCUGGACUUAAAGAGAAGAAGCUGAAGGAUGUGGGUCUUCCUCCCCAAAUGAUGUCCCCAGGCAGGAAGUUCCAGCCUCCAGACAGUCAAAACUCAAAAGACUGGCUUGGUAGCCACCAAAUGAAGGAGCAUCUCCCUGCCUCUCCUAGGCCAGAUCAGAACAGGCCAACUGGUGUUCCCACACCAACGUCUGUCAUCUCCUGUCCCAGUUUUGAAGAAGUAAUGCAGACUCCUCGAACCCCAUCUUGCAGUGCAGAGGAUUACCCUGAUAUCAUGUUGGAUGGGUUGGACUGUCAGAACUCAUCAGCUAUGACUAUGUCAAUGAAUGCUUGUUCCCCAUCCUUCUUUGAAAGUAGGUACUCUAAUCCCCAGAGCUUCCAGGAAGGCACCUGCCCUACCCCUGCGAAGAACCUCCAGCUGCCACUUGUCAGUCGUUCUGCAUCCUCAGAUGUCCGCCGGCCCCUGGAGGAUGAGUUCAAGGCUGAAGCUGACAAAUUCCUUCGACAGCAGCAAACUGAUCCAGAGGUGGACUUUGAUCCAUCGUCCUCCCAAACUCUAGAGGACAAAUCAGCAACAAUAGAUAGGCUAGAGUGCCUGUCAACUCACUACUUUUCUCCAAUCGGUAUGUUGUCCCCCCGGCUGGAGCCAGCACACCCAACACCGGAUGUGGCAGCACCAGCUGUUACUGGCCCUGAGGGUAAUGAGCACCUUCCUGAAAGUGUAUACAGUUACUUGCCCAAACCUUCCACUCCAGUUCAUAGGCCAGACCCUCAGGAGCCCUGCUUUGACAUUGCUGCACCACCAACGCCAGCUCCUGCGGCCUUGCCACCACUGGACAUCGAUGACAUCUCAGAGCCUCAUCAUAGUGAACCUAACCUGGUCCUGUCAGAUCUUCCUUCUGUCACAGAAGAGCAGGAACAGGAAGACGAGGACGACGAAGAAGAGGAGGAAGAUGAAGAAGACGAAGAGGAAGAAGAAGAAGAAGAAGAAGAAGAAGAGGGUGAUAUGGAUGAGAGAGGUGAUGGAGACCAUUGUGUAGUUGAGGAGCCUGAGCAAACAAGGGACCCAUGUCCCUUCUCCCCUCAGGUUGAGGACCCCCUGAGAAAGAGCUGGCCUGCUGAGUCUCCAGACAGGCACGAUUCAGAGGUCCAUCAGCUCUCCCCAACCCAAACUGGACCUAACCAAGGAGAGGACUGCUAUGAACACAGCAUGGGUUGGAACCCUGAUAUGGACCUCAAAUCACCCAACCGGACGUAUGGGGAAAUAGAAGCUGCCGUCUCUAAAAUCACCAGUCCUUAUUCACAUUCAGACAGUGACAUGCAGCACUCUGUACACCCUUCGAUCACUCCCCCAUAUGCUACCUGGAAUAGGUGGCCCAAAGAGGACCCAGAAGACUUUGAUGAGCAAAAGGAGGCUGUGGCUGACAUCCCCUCCUCUCCAGAGAGGCAUGACACAACUAUGGAUGGGGAACCCAACUAUUUAAACACCUCAUCCUCCUCCAAUAGGCUGGAGUCAUUCUUUCAGGAAUGCAACAAACCUAGUAUAGAUGAUAGUCACCAGAUUGACACAGAGCCAACAUGUGUAGAACCAGACAACAGACAGACCCCACACAGUUUCAGUGAUACCACUGAGGGUCACCUGGUUCCACCGGUUGGCCCCGAGCCUGUGGUGCCCUGGGCAGACCCAUUCUCGGCUGAUGCAGAUGAACUGGAUGACCUGGGACCAUUUUCUUUGCCAGACUUACCACUACCAGACAAGUCAGAAGAAGCUGAGCCUCGAGACCCCGAACUAGUGGACCACACCAAAAUUGUGCCGAGCCACAUCAGACAUAGCAUAACAGACAGAGAAGACCCAGACAUCAUGGAGGUUGACCUUCCAAGCCUGGCUAAGACACCAUGCCCUGCUGCAGACCUAAGUUUGGGAGAGCCCACUGGACAAGAUUUAGUUGUACCAUCACCGCAUGACAACUUUCAGCAAGACUUGGAUGUUGAACCCCAGAGUGUACCAGUUAACAGUGCUCUGUCUCUUAUUCAACAACAGGAAAGGCAAGAACCUUAUGGAGGACCCGAUGAGUUGGAGUCCAAUAUAUUGUAUUCCUCAGUGAAAUCAGAUGCCAGUCAGCAACAUCACAUACAGAUCCACUCAUUCACUGAGUCACUGCAGUUACCCCUGGACUCAGUGUCUACUCUCAAGCCAGAGGUGAGACAGGAGGAGAUGCCUGAGCCUGCAGCAGAACCUGUGCCAUGCAGUCCUCUUCCUCAGCCCCCAGUGGCAGUCAACCUUCCUAGCACAGUGGAACUACCAGACACUCAGGAGACCACGUCCAAGCUAACCCCAGUAACCCUGACCACUGUAUCCACCGUUAUAGAUAUGCCUAAGAAGGUAGAUGAAAUCCCACAAAGAAUAACCCGCAAUCGCGCCAAGAACAAUCCCCCUACUGUUGUUGUCCCUUCUACCUCUAGCAUAAUAACCUCAUCUGCCACUGCCACCCCUGUUACCACCAGUCCAACAGCAAGCAUCACCCUGAUCCCUACGAGAACCCCAACACCCACCUCAGGCUCUUCCUUCUCAACUCUGAAGAAGGACAAAGAGUCUCUGCUUCACGUCUCCUCCACUGCAACAAAUACAGUCUCCGCAGUUUCUGUACCUGCUUCUGUGACGACGUCCGCAACGGUGGUUCUCAGUAGGACGACAAAAGGACGCCCUCUCCAAGUGGACGAUGACGAGUCUCAGACCCAGCACCCACGGAAGAGGAAAUUUGCUCGUUCUGCUGGGCAGCACGUCCAGGUCCAGCUGGUAAACACGGCAAUGCAGCAGACAAGAGAAAUGAUUCAGCAGACUUUGGCCGUAGUAGUAAAUGCCAUCAAGCUGGACGAUAUCGAGCCCUACCACAGUGACCGUUCGAACCCUUACUUUGAGUACCUGCAGAUCAGGAAGAAGAUUGAGGAGAAGAGGAAGAUUUUGUGUUACAUCACCCCACAGGCCCCUCAGUGCUACGCUGAAUAUGUGACCUACACGGGCUCUUACCUGCUGGAUGGAAAGCCCCUCAGCAAACUUCACAUCCCUGUGAUUGCACCGCCUCCGUCGCUGUCGGAACCUCUGAAGGAACUCUUCAGACAACAGGAGGCAGUAAGAGGGAAGCUCAGGUUGCAGCACAGCAUAGAACGGGAGAAGCUGAUUGUUUCCUGUGAGCAGGAGGUUCUGAGGGUCCACUGCAGAGCAGCGAGGACAAUAGCCAAUCAGGCUGUUCCAUUCAGCGCCUGCACCAUGCUUUUGGACUCUGAAGUGUACAAUAUGCCAUCAGAGAGCCAGGGUGAUGAGAACAAAUCCGUGAGAGACCGCUUCAACGCUCGGCAGUUCAUUUCUUGGAUUCAGGAUGUGGAUGACAAAUAUGACCGCAUGAAGACAUGUUUGUUGAUGCGGCAGCAGCACGAGGCAGCCGCCCUCAACGCAGUGCAAAGGAUGGAGUGGCAGUUGAAGGUCCAAGAGCUGGACCCAGCGGGGCACAAGUCCCUCUGUGUCAACGAAGUGCCGUCCUUCUAUGUGCCAAUGGUUGAUGUCAAUGACGACUUUGUCCUUCUGCCUGCGUGACACACGCAUGCUCACAGAUGGAGCGCAAACUUUGUCUGAAUCAGUUCUUCUCAAAGAGACUUCGUUUAACAGAACGAACGGAAAGGGCUAGCAAGAUUUACAGAGGACUUUAGAUAAGAAAUGAUUAUAUUCUAUAGAAAAAGUAAAGAUGAAAAACUUGCUCUCAAUUCCCUUCCGCGGAGAAGGAAACUUGUUUUUACUGGGGAAAAAAAGAAAAUACACAACUUGCACUUUCAUCCUCAAAAGUUUUUAACACUUUUGUUUGAUCAGAGUUGGAGAAGCAGAUACAGUUUUUGCUUCGAGGCUCUGACGUCAGGACGCAACUCCUCAGUGCUCAGUUCUGGUGAGACCGGGGGACAGAGAUGUAUUUUCUGCAUUCUUUUUACUCCUGCUUCAAUAGACCCACCACCACCACCACCACCGGGAGGAGCUAUCUGAAUAGAGCUAUCUCAGCAGUGCGGUGCCUGUCCUGAGGGAGGACUGAGGCAAAGCCUCCCGUUGAUCCAGUUCUCCUGCUGGGGCCACGAGAACUAGACCGAGUCGGCGCUGGACUGUCAACGGCGUCGUGGUGCGUCAUGUGGAUCUUCUAUGUGCGUCUACGCCUCGACAGCUGAGACGAACAGACGUGGAAGCUACAACCAGCCGUCGGCGUUGUAGUACGACCAGAGGAAGCCGUUUCGAUUCACUGCACCUGUUCCGCGCAGCAGAGCAGCAGAGCCUGCAGCAGGUCAGGAUACAGCAGAGAGUUAGCGAUGUGUGAGUGAGCGCACAUCAGGGCCCAGUGUCUGAGGGGGAGGAGACUGAACCCGCAGCCUCUCAGCCUGGCUAAAACACAAGAGGACGGGCAUGGUUCGCUGAGGACAGACCGGAGUGUUCCUCGGCCAGCCAAACCCAAUCCCCCACCGCUCGCUCCCACACAAACACGUCAGACCGCCAUGGACUGCAAAAAAAAAAAAACACCACAGGACAACCAGAAGAAACAAACACAACGAAUGUUGAGACUCGCAAAGAGACUUUUGAGAAAUAGUGGUUUAGCAGGAGAGAAAUCUUGUUUUUGUCUAUUUCUUUACUUGGGCAUUUCAUUGUUUCUGAGGAAGUGACUUGAAACACUACAGAGCCAAUAUUAGUUUAAUGGAAAAAAACAAACAAAAGAAAACAGAAAAAAAGUUGUAUUCCGUAAAUUAUGUACAGUUUUUAUAUUCGUUAACCAAUGUAUUCUUGCUGCCUUCUAGAUAAUUUAUUUUGCCACACAUUACUGCACAGUUGUAAAUAACCUAUGUACUGUAAUAUCACUCAGUUAAGUGUAAAGAAAAAACAUAAAAGAAAUAAAAAUUAUCUUUUUAUGUACA